GGGGCGCGGGGGGAGGCGCCGUCGCCAUGGUGACGCGAGGCCGCGCCGGCGAGCGGUAUUUUUGGAGUUAAUGGAGCCAGAAGGACACUUAGAGCCAGAGAGUUCAGAAAAAUCUGUCUUCUCACAGCCAGAAGAAGAUGAAGAAUCCCAACAAUCAAAGGCAGCGAGCCUUGAGAACCCUCUCCUGCGGCCUCUUCUCACAGGGGACAUAGAAGGCUUGCGUAGGAUUUUCGAGGACCCUGAAGAUCCUCAUCAUGACCAUGCCAUGGAGCUACUCUUGGAAGAAGACAUCGUUGGGAGAAAUCUGUUGUACGCAGCUUGCAUGGCUGGGCAAAAUGACGUCAUUAGAGCCUUGGCAAAGUAUGGUGUGAAUCUGAACGAGAAAACCACUGGAGGGUACACACUGCUACACUGUGCUGCAGCCUGGGGUCGUCUGGAAACUUUGAAAGCACUAGUGGAGCUGGAUGUUGACAUAGAAGCUUUAAACUACAACGACGAAAGAGCUAGGGAUGUUGCCGCUCGGUAUUCCCAGACUGAGUGUGUUGAGUUUCUGGACCUGGCAGAUGCAAGGCUGGCUCUGAAAAAAUACAUGACAAAGGUUACUUUAACAAUUACAGACCCAGAAAAGGGACCAGGGAAGCUUCUUAAGGAAGACAAGAACAUUGUCCUCGGUGCGUGUCAGGCAAAAAACAAGUGGCUGGAAACCCACCCGGACGCGUCCAUUGAUGAGCUUUUUGAGCAGAAACAACUAUUGGAAGAUAUCGUGACUCCCAUCCUUGUAAAAAUGACUAUGCCACGUAAGUUUGAGGUCAAGUGAAAAGUGGCAAAUCUGUAACCUAAGCGUGGUCAGAAGAGAAGUCAAGCUCACGCUUUCUACGGAACGUACAUUUUAUUUCUAGUAUCAAAGAUAAACCUAUGGAUGCCACUUGGGUCAAGUAACUGGAUAUGGGGUUUUAUAAAAAUGCUCGGGUACAAACUCAGUCAUCCUUGCUUUAUUCCCCUGUGGGGCCUGCUGACUGCAGACUCCGGCCUCGCCCCUCUCCUGCAAGCUCAGCUCCACGGCUUUCAAAGGCUCCUUCCUUCAGGAACUCACUGGGUAGAAAUCAUUCACGAAGACAUAUGGAGGCUUUGAAAACCACUUAGAAAACUUAAUAAUUUUCUGUAUAACUGAAACAAGAAAUUUUUAUCAACUGGGGAAUUCCAUCUAAAAAAGAUAGUUAUUCCCAGAGGGGGGAAAUGUUCUCCCUCUCUCAGAAGGAAAUCUUAGCGUGGUAUGGUGGUGCACGCCUGUAAUCCCAGUAGCUCAGAGGCUGAGGCAAGAGGAUUGAAAGUUCAAAGCCAGCCUCAGCAACUUAGUGAGGCCCUAAAACAACUUAGAGACACCCUGUCUCUAAAUAAAAUACUUUUUAAAAAAGGGCUGAGGAUCUGGCCUAGUGGUUAAGCACCCCCUGGGUUCAAUCCGCGGGUACCAAAAGAAAAAAAAAAAAGAAAAAAAAAACAUCUAUGGGAAGACAUUUUUGAGCAAGGAAAUAGAAAUUGUUUGGAUCAGGGUCCUUUAGUAUUACUUUUUAUUUACAAAUUAAAAUUCACCUGUAAGGUGAGAUAUAGUCUCUGAGUAAAAUCCCUGUUUAUCUUUAACUUCUUUGUAUUUUUAGAUUAAUAAACACGCAUCUGUGUAGUUUUAUAUUUAGAAGCGCUCCCUAUUCUGUAGGUUCGGCAGCAUAGAAAUAAUGGAACGCCACACCAGUAUCCCUCCUGUUCUGUUUUAUAUUUCCUAGAUUUUAACUGUCAUACUUGGUUUCCCAUUGGAGAUUGGAAAAUCUUUUUUUUUUCUUAUUUUUUUAUUUCUUUAUUCAGUGAAGCCCCUGAAUCUUCUAUUUCCUUGUGACCUUCAGGGAAAUUUUAAUAGAAAAGAAAAUGUUAACCAAAAAAAUCCCAUUUAUUCCUUGCUCUUGUGACUUUUUCCUCUUUGUCUUGCUCUGAAAGCUAGUUUUUCCAUUUUAGGAAGAAGGAAUAUAAAUGAGCAAUUUGGUAAUGUUUUUCCACUCAACAUUUUCUCAACCAUGAUUUUGAGAUAACUUUUAAAUGUCUCCUAAAUUUUUAAAAUUUGAGAUGAUUUUAUGCAUGAGCACUGCAGUUCCAGUUUCCUUGAGCGACAGCACAGGGCAAUGUCCCCAUUUCUGGUGGGCUCCCAGGGGUUUACAGAACAGCACAGAGGAGCUCUGUCUGCUCCACUCUGUCCACAUGGUGUCUGUAAGCACUGCAAUAAUCCGGGGAGAGCAGGCGGUAUUUUCGUUGUUUCUGUUCUAACUCUGCUUUCGGAGCUUGAUCCUGAGGACAGCACCUCUCUCCAGGUGCGUGUUCCUGGGGAGUAGAGGGAAUCCUGGGUCUAACCUCUGGGAUUCUGAAAGAACACUGAAGCAUUUCUGGAAACCCCCUAGAAUAAAAUAAACUCCUCUUUCCCUUUUUUUUUUUUUUUUGUUUCUCAGUCUUUAUCCUUAAACCUUUUGUAGCUUUUGAUAGAUUUGCUAAUGCUCGAUUUAUAAAACUCUUUGUAUCGGCACCUUUAUGCCAAUCACGAUUCCUGUUCUUUCUUACAAUCUGCCUUUCCACCCUCUUCACCACCUCCUCUUCUUUAUCUUGCCCAGCCAUGGGAACCUCUCAGAAUUCAGUCCUGACCCCUGGUGAAGCAUUUGUAAUUCUCUGCCCCAUCACCCUCCCUGUCCCCAAUAUUAUAAGGAACUAAUGAGGCGGGUAGCCUCAUUCUGUAUUCUAUUCAAUUGUUCACACUUUUAUCUCUGCAAGUGAAUUCAGAGCUUUUUGAAGGGAGAGACUGUGUUCUUCCUUAUACCUAAAGAGCUGUAAGAUCGUAAAUUAGUAAACAGUAGGUGAAUGAAAUCACCGUUAACACGACCUUUUUCUUAGAAGAACUCAUGAGCUCUUCAUUCAUCUCCGGAGCUUCUUGUCUUUAUAAAUGACUCCCAGACCUUUUCUCCAUACCUUGCUUAUGCCUGUGCUCCAUUUCAACUCCUCCUCCUCCAACAGUACGGGUCACACACAUCCAGCAUUGUGACUCUAGUCUGGUUUCUGCUGCGACCUGUUUCCUAAGUUUUUUCUGGAGUGUCCUAUCUUUCAGGCAUGUGAACCCAGUGACACCAAGGGAUUCCUAGGUCUCAUUUCUAGGAUUCCUUUGAUGUGGGGAUCUGAACAUUUAUUCAUCUCUAUAGAUCUAUAACUUUUGUCUAUUUGGAGAGGUGGUAUUUCUUGUUGCCUGUUGUUGUGCUGAAGUAUAAAUAGAUUUGUGGACGAGUUAGAGUCCCUUGUGCUUUCAGUUACAGUUACCCGGGUAGCUGCAUGUCUUUUCCUGAACUUCAAGAGUAAUUACUACUUCAGAGUACAUACUAACAACUCAAGAUAGCCUCCACAGUAUUUGAGAGGCAUUCUGUUAGGAUAAAUUCUAGAUAGUGGUUCUUUAGACUUUUGUGUUUCAUUGAUCAGAAAAAUAUAAAAAAAAAAAAAGGUGGGGGAGGAGAUUGAUAUGAUGUCAUUAAGAAAACAACUACUGCCUAUACUACUUUCAUUUAAUAAAACACAUUUAACAUCAGAAAAGUUGGGGAGAUUACCCUUUAGAUUGAAUAAAUUAAGCUUUAUUUUAGAACUUUAUGUUAGAUUUCUUGUUGUCAUUUUGCCAUGUACAAUGGAACUUCUGUUAUGAGUCAGAACUGACGUGUGGUCCAGCCUUUGAGAAUUGCUGCUCUAGACUAAGCGAAGCAGUUGGGCUGCUAGUUAGGCUCUCAUGGUGCUCCAAGUUGUGAAGGACUGGCAGUUGCCUCAGUGUUCAGUCUGAUACGUGGUGGACCGUGCUCUCUCCAAGACGGGCCCUUCCCCCUUCUCAUGUGCUGUUCUUGCCUUGUGAUUGUGAGAGGAAGGGGUAUCUGUCCUCUCCUGGUGAAUCUGGGCAGGCCUGUGACCACAGUGAAAGUGAUUAUAUGUGCUCUCCAAGGCUAGAUCAUAAGCGGUGACAUGGCUUUGGCUUAGUUCUCUUAAGAUGCUUGCACUUAGAAACCAGCCUGUGGAGAGGGCCACACGGAAAAGAACAGAGGCCUCAGGCCCCAGCCCCAGGCCCAGGCCACAGCCCCCUCUAGCCAGCCACCUUCCCCAACUUGCCAGGCAUAGAAGAGAGUCAUCCUGAAAGUGGAUUCUUCAGUCAAGCCACUGAACUGAUGCUGAAUGUAGCAGAGACCAACUUUCUCAGCUGAGCCCUGCCCAAUUUGCAGAUCUGUGAGCUAAAUAAAUGAUAGUUGUUGUUUUAA